CCGGCACUCGCACAUCGGCGGAGAGGCUGCGACGAGAAACAGGCGGUGUUGUCACCGUCAUCCCGCGCGCGUCGAGUCGAGACAUUGUGCUUCCUGGACCAUCCAUUCCCCCGUCGCUCGCUCACCGUCUUUGUUGGCCCACGCGAGAGGGCGUCUCCCUUCAGACCAUCCGCGCCGCCUCUCCCGUCAUGCUGUCUUGAUAUCCAUCCACGUCAGCUUCACCAUCGCCCGAUAGCCCGCGUCCAUGCUGCACGCGCAGACUGCCCUCAGCGCCCAUCUCACACCGACUUCUUUGCCGUCGAACCGGGGCGCGUGCCUCUCCCCGCCUCGCCUGCGCCGUCGGCCGCGUCAACACGAACAGACGCAUCGGCUGCGCGCCAUCAAAAGCCCGCUCCACGACACAAGCAACCACCAACCUUAAUCGCACGCGUCCGCGCAAGCAGCCGUCAUGGUGCCAGCGCCGCCGCCGCUACCCAUGCGGUUCCCGUGUUGGUGCCGGGCUGUCUAUUCCUGGGGAGGCGAGUCUAAACGCGACCUCGGCUUCAUCGAGGGAGAUCUGAUCGAGUGUCUGAAUGCCGGCGACGGCUCGUGGUGGGUUGGUCGUCUUUACCGGGAUCGCAGAACAGUUGGCUCCUUUCCCUCCAAUUUCGUCGAGUUGCUCCCCGACGAAUUCCGCCCGACAACGCGGUCCGUGAGCCCCCUUCCUGGAAGCAACACGCCGAGUCCCAAGAAUAUGCCGGGCAAGUCCAAGACGUUUCGCAAGCCAUUCGAGGCCUACGCCAAGGCGCCUCACUAUACCACGGCCAAGCAGCCGACGACAUUCAAGGAUCCCCAGCUGUCGGCCAAGCCGUCGCUGGCGAAGCCUUCGUCGCGGCAUAACUCCAACACAUCGCCAGCCAGAAGCGUUCACGACCACAUCGGUCGCGUGCCGUCCCCUCCCGAAAUGCGCGGCUACGGCUCCAGAGCGCCAUCGCCCGCGCCGUCGAUGCAUCUCGUGCCCAGCCACCGGGCACCGUCAGAACGAGCAGACUCCCCUCCUCCACCGGCACCGCCGCCCCAUCGCCAUGUUGGCCGGAACAGGUCACACGAUAUGCAUCAGAGCAGUCAGCCCGACCUGUCCCGCCAUGGCUCUACAGCGUCUUACGUCCCCUAUCGUCCCGGAUCGCAGCUCUCCUUCCGCGAGCCUCAUGACCUAUCUCGCCAACCCUCAUACAUGGCCAACGAUGAUCGGCCAUUCGAGCACCGCCCACACACACCUCGCGCAGCAUCUCCCCUACCGCCCUCCCCAGAUGAGAUGCAUAUGACACCCUCGCCGCUACGAGAGGCGAUGGAUGGGGUCAUGGAGCAACUAGACCAGCUUGAAGGUCUCGGGGGAUCUUGGGGGGAAGAACCCCCCGUUCCCCCUGCUGACCCGUGGGCUCCGGAGUCGUUUGGCAUGGCGUCCCCGUUAUCUCCCCGGUCCAAGCGCAGAGGAGGUGACAACGCCCGGCCACUGACGUCGUCGGGCAUCGCGCACCACGACGAAGGCUACGAGACCUGGAGCGGCGGCUCGUCUCAGAACACGUCGUAUCAGGGCCGUCAGAGGGGCCAUACCAACGACCUGCCUCAGCUGAGCAACUAUGUCGAGCGGAUGGAGAAGCAAUUUCAGACGUUACACCAGCACAGCGUGAGCAUGCCUGAAGCUGCUCUUGAGGAAGACAUGCCUCCGCCUCCACCACCCAAGGGACAUCCUUUUGAUCGACCAAAGUCGUCUUGCGGCGAGCGAAACCCCGCCGAGCGGAAGCUGCGAAGUCGCAAGUCGGCCUAUGAGAUCGGACCAGGCGUCAACCGGACGUACACCACCAAGACCAAUGCGACCAACUCUUCGGCCGGCAAUCAAAGCAACGCCAGCGGCUCUACGCAGAGCAGCAGCAGGACGCUUUGGAGCGGCGCCUCAGCAGGAGGAUUUAGCUCGACCAGCGCCGGUAGCAUGGCUCGUGCCCAUCAUCAGCGCGCCCAGAGUGCCUUGGGCUCACGCGAGGCCGAUAUCCUCGAACGGCCCGAGACGCCGUUCUCAGGCGUCACUUACCAUAGCAGUCAUGCUAGCAACGCAAUCGCACAGCGUCCUCAGUCUCAGGCCGGUCUCCACGAAGAUCUGAACGCCGGACUGGGCGGCCUGGUGCAUCCAAAGGCGCCCAAGCGCAACAUUUUCAAGAAGAUCUUCGAGUCCGCCAAGACUGGGGUUGCUAGCAACCGCAACAGCAUCGCCGUUGGAUCCGGAUCGGGCCUUGCCUCGGUGAGGUCGUCGCCCUUCAAUCGGUCUACCGGGCACGGCUCUACGAAUCUGUCAUCGGGCAUGGCGGCAAUCAGCGGUCCUCCCGUCGCAGGCCGUGACUCGGCCCGUGACAUGGGCCUGGGCGGUGGCGUCGACUGGGUGCAGGUACGGCGUGACGUGAACCGCUCGAAUUCUCUCAGCAAGAUCGAGCGGAGCGAGCGCAGGGAUCGCUGUCAGAUGAUGGAUCACCCGGCACUGAACCCAGUCGAUGAACUGUAUGAGAGCGUUCAAGGCGACGAAGGCGCGAACGGGAUGCCGGUGGCGGAUCCGAUCAACUACCAGGCCAUCAACCUCAGCCAGGUGGACAAGAACUCGCGCUUCAUCGGCGAGCCUCCGCCCAUGACGACGGCCAUCACAUUGGCCACGACAUAUGUUUGUCGACCAUAUCGCAGUGACGUGCAGCGUCUGCGGGCCAUCUUCACUUGGGUCGCCGAGAAGAUAUGCUGGGAGGAAGACUUUGAGGGCGAGAUUGACACGCGUCGCGUGAUCCAAAGUAAGCGCGGCUGUGCGGAAGAGUAUGCCGUGCUGGUCAUGGAGAUGUGUGCUGCGGCCGGGCUGCGAUGCGAGAUUGUGCGCGGCUACCUCAAGACGCCAGGCGACGUGACGGACCUAAACGUGGUGCCUCGGUCGAACCACUGGUGGAACGCCGUCAUCGUCGACGACGAGUGGCGCAUCAUGGACUGCUGCUUGGCCAGCCCGUCGAACCCCAAGAGAGCCCGGUACUCCAGCGUCAGCGGCAACACGGCCGACUUUUGGUGGUUCCUGGCUCGACCGACGGAGGCGUGCUGGACGCAUGUGCCCGAACACCACGACCAGCAACACGUGGUGCCGCCCGUGGCCCAUGAGAUCCUUCUCAACCUGCCGUGCACUUGCCCGUCGUUCUUCCGCAACGACAUUGAGAUGGUUGACUACAACACGUCGGCGACGAGGAUCGAGGACCUCGAGAUGGUGCACAUCAAGUUCAACGUGCCGGCCGACGUGGAGAUUGCGGCGGAAGUGGAGGCUCGAGGCUUUGCCAGGGACACGGACGGCGACGUGUUUGAGAACGGCGACAUGGUCAAGAAGAGGGCGCUGGCGCAAGCGGAAUGGUUUAACGGCGCAAAGCGAUACACGGUCAAGGCGCUGCUGCCAGGCGACGAGGGGCACGGCACGCUCAAGAUUUAUGCCGGCAAGAGGGGCCUGAUGCACAGCAUCAAGGACAUUCCUCACCCGCUCGCGUUUGCCAUUCCCAUUAUCCAUUCAGGCGAGAACCCGCCGUACGAGUUUGUGACGCGGCAUCCGACGCCACACGCGCAGCGGCAUGACAUCUACGUGGUCCAGCCUCAGUGUCAGCGGCUGGCGUUGAACAAUACCUUUGUCUUCGCCAUUCGGCAGCACCCCAGCUCGCUGUCGAGCGGCGGGCUUCACUCGGCGCUCACGCCGGCAUCCAACCCGGGAGCGACUAGCCCGAUACCGUUCGCGCGGCCGAGCUCAGCCAUGAGCAUGACGGCAUCGAGCGUGAGCGGGUCCAACCCGAGCUCGUCGGCGAGCGGCACCGUGGCGGGCAAGAAGCCGGCGAAACUGGCGAUUCAGACGCCGGGCGGCAAGAUCCUGCGUCUUAUGCGGAAGGAGGAGCGGCGCGGGAUCGGCGUCGGAGGAAAGCUCGCGUUGACGGACGAGGACGCCAGCGACGGCGGCACGUGGGAGACGAUUAUCAAGUGUUCGGAGAAGGGACUGUGGCGGGGCCUGGUCCUGGCGGACCGCACGGCGCGAUGGUGCGUGUUUGCUGAAUGGGUGUGUGUAGGUUGAUGUUGAUGUUGAGGUCGAGGGUGGCGUUGAGGGAUGCAUGCACGGCCCGGCGACAUGGCGUUGGGCCAGCAGACGGGACACGGUCUGGAUAGAGGGUUGCGGUUCGGACCAGGCGUUUGUUGUAUCCAAGGACGAUGCAUGCAUGGAUGCUUGCUACUAGGAGCGGAGCAUGUUUGGCGUUGGGGAUCUUGAUGUUUUGGCGCCAAGUCCAGACAGCCUUGGACGCGAUGUAUUCGGCAAAGGUAUAUCGAUGUAGGAGUAGAGGUGUAAAAAAUGUACUGCA